AUGGUGUCGUUGUCGCUGCACUCGCUGGUGUUUAACGCCCUCAACCACCCUGACCUCGAGCUCCUGCCCCGCCCGCCCACCUCCGCCGACGACCUCAAUCUGAUCCUCUCCCAACUGAGCGACGAUUUGAAGCUGGUGGUGGUGGUGCCGCUGCCCCAGGUGAUGGUGUUCGACAGCGACGACGACGACGACGUCCCCGACGUGCCCAAGACGUUCAUCAUGCCCCAGAUGACUGUGGGCGGCCCCCACCGCUACCGCAUUGCCAUUGUCACCCGAAGUAGCCACGGGCGCCACUUCGUCGACCAGGUGGCGCGCCACGUCGCCCACGCCGACGUCGACAUUUGCCACAUCGAUCUCCGCCACCUGACCAACGCCGCCGACGCUUACGGCGCCGACUUGUUGUUUUUGUUGAACGACGGCCUGGCCGAGUUUGUCGAGUUUAUCCGCCAGGUGCGGUGCUCGCCAAAACUCACCAUCAUCAACAUGAUGUCCGUCAACUACUUCGUCAAUUUAUUCGACUUAAUCGCGCUGAUGAAGCCCUACCAGAUGUGGAAGGCGCUGCUGCUUACCCACCCGGAACUCGCGACUAAGCUUCUGCACUUCAUCGACACCGAGUACUCGGGACACGGCCACCAAUUGGUGGUGGCACUGGCGCCGGCGCUGGUGUACCACCUGCUCAUCACCACUUCGCCCCAGGACUACCACCAGUUGGAAGGGCAGUUCAAACGCGACUUGACGUCGCUGACGCUGGCAAUCGACCCUUUACAAUUACUGGGUAAAUUGACCACGGUGCGGUGGCUCUACCACGCCCUCCGCCGUAUGUGGGCACUGGAGCUGGAGAUGGCGCCGCUGCGGUGGUGGAUGGUGGCGUCGUUCACCGUGGGCAUUGGCCUCGGCAUGGGCUUAGCGCUGGGCGCGGCCCUGGUCGUCGGCUACUACUUGUACCUGUGGCUUUUUGGCACUGAGGCGGUCGCUCCGGUAGCACCGCCCGCUCCCGUAGUGGUGGACGCGGCGCCCCCCACCGCCACCGCCAGCCACUUAAAGCAUUUGAGCGCCAUCGUCGCCGAGUGGGUCAACAGCGGCUGGGAAAAAUUGCUCCAGGUGUUGAUGGCCCGGGUAUAA